AUGAGUUUGUCGUUUGCUGUUGUUGAUGAAGAUCACAGUGAUCUAGUGAAUCAAGAGGAAAUACUUGAAGAUGAUGAAGGUAUUCCAAAACAAGAAGCUUUUGCUGAGAUUGUUAUUGGUGAAGAUGGUGAAACAUAUAUAAUAACACAUGAAGAUGCUCCAGAAAUUGAUAUGCAUUGUGUGAGUUCAAUACAAUUAGUAACUAAUGAACAACAAACUGUAGAACAUAUUGUUAUAAUAGAUGAUGGAACUUUAUAUGCUGGUGAAGGUCCUUAUUUUCAAUUGCAAGAGAAUUGUUUUGAAGGUGAUUUUAUUCCAGGGCAAACAAGAAAUAGAACUGUAAUGACAAGAGAGGAUGGUUCAUUAGAAGUUGUUUAUAUUGAUGAUAAUUUUCCAUAUGGUAUGCCAUCAUCAAAUCCAGGAUCAAGUGUAGGUGAUGAUGAGAUGUCAGCAACUACUGGUAAACAUCGACGUAAUCGUGUUGAAGGUAGUUGUAUGUGUCCUGAAUGUGGUCAAACAUUUAUUAACACUGCUAGAUUAGAAAGACAUUUAUCUGUUCAUCAAGUAUUUGGUUCAUUUCAAUGCCCUCUUUGUCAAAAAGGUUAUAAAUACGAGUAUAAUUUGUUUUAUCAUUGGAGAAAAACAUGUCGUGAUAUUCAUGAGAUUAUGUCAUUAGAAGAACGAAAGUCGUGUGAUGUUAAUCAAUUACGAAGAGUAGUUGAUAUGUUAGCAAAUGAAAAACAUAAAAGUAAUCCACAAGAUAAUAUACUUCCUAGGACGAUAUUAUACGCAAGUUCAAGUCAAUUAAAUCAUAGAGAAUCAGGAGAUUCAAGAUUAAAAGGAAAAAUAGAUUGUAGAUCAUGUGGUGUAUUAGUUCCACCAAAUCAUUUUGGAAGACAUUUAUCACUUCAUAAAGGUGAUGGUUUAGUUGAUGUUAGAUCGCCAUGUGGCGGAUUUUUUUGUGAUCUCUGUGGAGUUAUUUUCAAAUUUCACCAUAAUUUAAUAAAACAUUGGAGGACGAAUUGUCCUACCAUUCAACAAGGUUUUGAACAUGGUUAUAUUGAUCAUUUUACAAUGGAUAAUGACAAUCUUAAAAAAAUGGUUCAAAGUUUAUUAAAAAGAGUCGUGAAUAGUCAGAUGUUACGUGAAAUGGAGGCAGACUAUGCAACAGCAAGAAGUAUUCAAAGUUUAAAUGAUCCAUAUCAUCAAGAUGUUUAUUUUCAAGAUCAUUUAUUUGAGACAAGACAAAGUGGAAGAAUGGAGGAUGAUGAACAUCUUGCUCAUAGAUAUAUUGACUCAUCAAGUGGAAAAGUUUAUUUUGCUAAUGGAAAUAUUUCGGUUCAGUGUCCCGAAUGUUUUAGGUCUUUUGCUUCACAACAACGUUUAGAUCGUCAUUUACAAGGAUAUCAUCGAGGUGAAGGAACACAUCAUUGUGUUUUAUGUGGUCAUCGAUUUAAAUAUGAUUAUUCUUUGUUAUUUCAUUAUCGUAAAACAUGUCCAUUUUCAAAUGCACAUAUUGAACAAGCUGUUCGUGAACAAUCAUCUGCAGCUGAAUUAAAAAAAUUGGUACGUGAGGUUGCAGCAAAAAUGGUAAAUGAUACAUCAAAAGUUCCACAAAUUGAAAUAAAAGAUAUUGUUGAAGAUGAAUCAAAAAUUCAUCGUGAAAUGAUGCGUUUUCCAAUGCCUAAUGAAUCAAAUGUACCGCCACCUUUAAUAAUGCAAAAUAAAGAUCUUGAAAAUUCUAAAGCUUGCCCUGUAUGUAUGAUAAAAUUUGCAGGUGAAAAAGUUCUUGAAAUGCAUAUUAGUCAGGCACAUAAAGGUUAUCAGGAAAGUGAUCAUUUAAUAGAGGAGGUGAAAAGUGAAGAUAUAGUAGUUAGGAGUAAAGAUACUGAAACAAAGGAGGUUAAUUUUCUUUCAGGCCCACCUCCAAGAAGUAUAAAUAAAUAUUCAAAAUGUAAAGUAAUUGAUAUGAGGGAUAGUAGAAAGAAAAUAGAUGAGAGUGAUGAAACUUUAGUUGUACCUAAAGAUAGUGAAAAUGAAGUUCAGUUGGAAAAAGAUAUGCUAAUGAAGGAAGAACAAAAUAGUUUUAUUGCUCCACCUCCACCGAGAAGAUUUAGGAAAACUUCAAAAUAA